UGGUUUUGGCAAAGCAUACGGGCCUUUAUAUAGCACAGGAGACACUAUUGGUUGUUGUGUUAAUUUUGUAGAUUGUCAUGUUUUCUAUACAAAAAAUGGAACUAAUUUAGGAAUUGCAUUUGAAGUCUCUCUAAAUGAAAAUUUAUUUCCUAUUGUCGGAAUGAGAUCUCGUGGUGGAUGUGUGAAAGUAAAUUAUGGAAUGAACCCAUUUAAAUUUGAUAUUGACUCUUAUGCUAAG